GGGGGAAUGGAACUCCAAUACUCAUCCUCCACUUCUUAAAUGAGAAUUACGUCAGUUCUACUGUACGUGUAGUAUUUUCUUGUUCUUUGUGGAAACAUGUGUGUGCGUCCUUGAGUUUAUGGUUUAGUGUUUCUCAGUUUCUUUGAUCUACUGCGUCAGAAAUAAUCAUUUGCCACGAAAAUGCAAGGAGAUCACAGACCCUCGACAAUUCACGUGAACCCCCUGUUCAAGGAUAAUUCAAAGAAUGUUAUUUAUAUAAAUCCAAAAGUGCACAUCAACAUGGCCAUUCACGUGAAUCCAAAAGUAGUGAAUCCACAUGCUUUGAUACACGAGGAAAUUCAACAGAGUAUGAACCAGACCACCUUCUCCAAUGGCAAAAAGGCCUGUCACGAGGUCCCAAGUGUCCAGAAAUCCGUUUACGUGAACCCCAAAUUGAUGGAGAAACUCACGAACAGAAUUCCCGAAGUGGAAAUCAUCGAAGAAAUUUGUCGUGACGAGACCCAGCCGAAAGAUCAGGCUCCAAAGUUAGGUGUCGAACGAUUGAGAUCCAAAAUUUCUGAUAAGAAAAUCACCUCCCCGAAUUUAGUUUCACUGUCGAGAAGAAAAUUAGUGAGGAUACAACCGAAAAAUGGAGCUCAAAGUACGGUGAAGAUCGGUAGGGAAAAUUCUGGGAAAGUUUUGGCACAAAAAUCAGUGGAAAAGAUUCAGGUUAGGAAGAUCACCAGGGGGAAGCAAUUGAAAAAGGUCAAUAAGACGAAUCCAUUGGGUCAAGCUAAUGUAGUCAUGCGGAAGGAUAACACCCCUUUGAAGACGAUAAACACCGCCCUGGGGCAUGUGAAGAGGGUUAAUAGGCAGGUUAGUAGCCUGAAGAAGGUUAAUGCAGCAAAAAUCACUGCAACAUCGAGCCCGAAGAGAUCUGGAAGUAAGUACAGGAUCGACAGGACGGCUGGCGAUAAGACCAAAGCUGUAGUCACAAGGAAGACGGUAGGGUCCAACAAUAAAAAUUUGGUCAGAAUCGACGGAGUUUUCUACCGUUCUUCCAAGUCCCGUCUGGUGAAGAGCUCCAACAGCAGUAUAACCCCCAAGCCCUCCAAGAAUCCCAGUCCUGCUGUCCCCCCGCACAGAAAAUUCCGCAGCCACGUCAUAGUAAAGGGAAAAAUAGCAAAAAUAAAUACCAGUAAUCUCAGCAAAACUGCUCUGCAGUCUCCAAGACAAAAAUCCAACUACAAACACGUAAUAAGCAAUCGAGUGAAACAGAGGUCAUUACAAAUAUUGAGACACAAGAUGUGCAAAAAUAAUCAACCAUGUCUUCUCUUUCAACGCUUCGGCUACUGUGCUAAAAAUGUCAAGGGUACCUGCCCCAAAGUACAUGACAAGAAACAAGUAGCCCUAUGUAAAAAUUUCCUCCAGGGUAUAUGCCUCAUCGAUAACUGUCCACUGUCCCACGAUGUUGGGCCUGAGAAAAUGCCAACGUGCAAGUACUUCCUCGAGGGCUGCUGUAUACGUGAUAAUUGUCAGUAUCUUCAUGUCAAGGUGUCGGCGAAUACACCUAUUUGUGUGCCAUUCCUCCGAGGAUACUGUGCCAAGGGCGAUCAGUGCAAAGAACGCCAUACCAACAUAUGUCCUGAAUUUGACAAGUACGGGCGAUGUGCGAAAGGUAAGAAUUGUCCAUAUCCUCAUAAACAAUGUUUGUUACCACAGCAAGAUACUUUGAGACUUCCACGACCCUCAAACACAUACAACAAAUCAAUAUCAGUGAAAAAAUCGGUUGAUAUUUCAUCUCACGAUAACAUUAAAAGAAGGUACUACGAUGAUAGCUGUAGUGAGAACGAUUUAAAGAUUAAAAAAUUAAAAAUUAAUAAAAAAAUUGAGUUAAUGAAGAUGAUGCAUAAAGCAUCGAAUGAGACCGAUGUUGUUGUUACUGACAAUACUGAGAUGAAAUCACAACCAAUUGAUGAGGAGGUACGCCCUAGAAGACCUCCUAUAGGGAUCCUCCCGUCUUACAUACCGAUUAAUUAAUAUUCAUUUGCUGACGGAUAUUUUUGAUCAAUAAUAAGUGAAUCAGGCGAUGUGAAUUUUAUGUACAAAUUUUAAGAGAAAUAAAUUCGUUUUUCCAUUAAA